CAUGUCCAGCUCCAUCCAUGGCUCCUCCAGCUCUCUCUGACAAUGGGGACAUCCCGUCGGAGGUCCCCUGUGGUGGCUUUCCCUGCUGAGCAUCCUCUCUCACCACCGUCUCGGCUCAUCGCUCCCCCUGGUCCCUCCCUGGGGUCUUUGCAAACUGCUCCAGGGAGGGGGUCCACGGGGGACACCAGUCCAAGGAGGAUGGGGUGGCUCUCCCAUGGCAUCCUCCCCCUCAUCGCAUGGUGCUUCGUCACCUUCCAGACGGCCUCCUGCCUGCCAGACCAGCGUGGCAGCCAUGCUGAGGAGCGUCUCUUCAAGCACCUCUUCACCGGCUACAACCGCUGGUCGCGGCCGGUGCCCAACACCUCCGACGUGGUCAUUGUGAGGUUCGGGCUCUCCAUCGCGCAGCUCAUCGACGUGGAUGAGAAGAACCAAAUGAUGACCACGAACGUCUGGCUGAAGCAGGAGUGGAGUGACUACAAGCUGCGCUGGGACCCGGCCGAAUUUGACAACGUCACCUCCAUUCGGGUGCCCUCUGAGAUGAUCUGGAUCCCUGACAUCGUGCUCUACAACAAUGCCGAUGGGGAGUUCGCUGUGACCCACAUGACGAAGGCCCACCUCUUCUCCACUGGGACAGUGAAAUGGGUGCCACCCGCCAUCUACAAGAGCUCCUGCAGUAUCGAUGUCACCUUCUUCCCCUUCGACCAGCAGAACUGCAAGAUGAAGUUUGGCUCCUGGACCUACGAUAAGGCCAAGAUUGACCUGGAGAACAUGGACCACCACGUGGACCUCAAGGAUUACUGGGAGAGCGGUGAGUGGGCCAUCAUAAAUGCCAUCGGCACCUAUAACUCCAAGAAGUACGACUGCUGCACCGAGAUCUACCCCGACAUCACCUUCUGCUUCAUCAUCCGUCGCCUCCCGCUCUUCUACACCAUCAACCUCAUCAUACCCUGCCUCCUUAUCUCCUGCCUGACCGUGCUGGUCUUCUACCUGCCCUCCGACUGUGGGGAGAAGAUCACCCUCUGCAUCUCCGUCCUGCUUUCCCUCACUGUCUUCCUGCUGCUCAUCACGGAGAUCAUCCCCUCCACCUCUCUGGUCAUCCCUCUCAUCGGCGAGUACCUCCUCUUCACCAUGAUCUUCGUCACGCUCUCCAUCAUCAUCACCGUCUUUGUCCUCAACGUCCACCACCGCUCCCCCAGCACCCACACGAUGCCCCGCUGGGUCCGUAGCUUCUUCCUGGACUUCAUCCCUCGUUGGCUCUUCAUGAAGCGACCCCCGGCGCUGCCUCCCCCCGAGGGGACCGCGGGGCAGUAUGACCUCCCGGGGACCAGGCUCAGCACCUCCCGGUGCUGGCUGGAGACCGACGUGGAUGACAAGUGGGAGGAGGAAGAGGAGGAAGAGGAGGAAGAAGAAGAGGAGGAGGAAGAGGAGGAGAAGACAUACCCCAGCCGCAUGCCCCAGGCAGGCUCCCGUGACCAGGGCGCCCAGUGCCGCUAUGGCUGCGGGCGACAAGCUGGGAAGGCAUCAGCGGGGUCAGCCCCCCGGGUGCCCCCCAAGGAGGAAGAGGAGGAGGAGGAGGCAGGAUCAGAGCAGGGGCUGACACUGUCCCCCAGCAUCCUGAAGGCCCUGGAAGGGGUGCAGUACAUCGCGGACCACCUGCGAGCCGAGGACGCUGACUUCUCGGUGAAGGAGGACUGGAAGUACGUGGCCAUGGUGAUCGACCGCAUCUUCCUCUGGAUGUUCAUCAUCGUCUGCUUGCUGGGCACCGUGGGGCUCUUCCUCCCGCCCUACCUGGCGGGGAUGAUCUAGGGGCUGGGCCAGGCUGUGGUGGGGAUGGCAGGAGAUGCACGGUCCCUUCUCCUGGGAGGAGACCUUCCCUCGCCCUGGGAGGACAUGGGUGCAACCAUUGAGGACACUUGGAUGGGAAAGGCAGGGUGAAGGAAGGGCUGUGCCAAGGGGUCACCUGGGGAUGGUGGGGAUGGAUGGUGGUCACAGCCAUCCUGGCACGAAGAAAGGCAUGGUACAGGUUCUCCAUCGCCUGAGCACAGGCUGGAGGCAUCUAGGAGAGGCAUCUGCCUCCUCGAGCUGCUCCAAGUCCUACCCAAAACCCAAGAGCUGCGUCUGGUUAUGACUCCCAAUGUGUUGGCCAAGAAGAGGGGACAUCCCAGCUGCUUUAGGACACACCCUGACCUCCGGGUGCUCAGGACCACAGGCUGGUGAAGUCAUGCAUGACAUGGGACAAGCAAUAAGGCUUUGGAUGGUCCAUGCAGAAGGGGUACAGCCAUGGGAGGAGAGAGAGAAAGGUCCCUGCUCAGCUGCAUGGCUCGUAGGUUUCUGCUCUGCAAAGCCCACCCCAGGAGCAGACCCUCCACAACCCACUGGCACCAGUGGUCGCUUCCACACCAUCCCACACCGGAGCUUGGGGUGCCAGGGGGGUGGGAAUGGCCGACCCAGAAAUAGGGGUGGCUUGGAAGGGAAAACCCACCCUGGGGAAUGGGACAACCCACCCAGACACAGCCAGAGAGAGCCCAAGGACCCCGGGAGCUCAGGGAAUGCCAAUGCUGGUGGACUCCACUGGUGUGGGGAGAACAAAUCCUCCUCCUCCAUCUCACAGCAGAUCCCAAACUGAUGAUCGCUGCAAUCCAGCUUUUAAUAUCUAGCUUCCAGAACAUCUCCUCUCUUCUUCCAUGCCCUGAGAAACACCAGGUUUCUCCUGGCUUUUCCUCUCCUCCAGGAGCCCUACCCAUGGUGGUGCUGGACGCAGUCUGAGGGGGGGUUUCAGAAAAUACAUCAUGCUUUUAGGAGCGAAAUGGGCUGGAAUAAAUGGUGCCAUGGAGGGAUGUGCCCAUCCCAAGGGUGUUGCAGCCUUUGGUUGGCUCAACCUGGA